AUGCUGACCCCUCUGUUCUCUGGUAUCAACCCUAGGUCUUCCCCUGUCCCCAAGGAUAGCCACCCGAAGCUCGAGCCUGUGCCCAAACCUUCAAACUGCAGGAAGAAAAAAGAGAAAAGGAAUCGGCUGCAGCAAGAAGCCGACAUCCAGACCCUCACCAGGGCUGGCCUCAGGGCCUUGCAGGCCGGGCAGACUCAGGAGGCCUUGCGCAGCUUCCAGAAGGCCUUCUUGCUGGCCUCCAAGGUUCCAUCCACCAGAGAUAGCCCUGUUCUUCGGGCCUGUGCCUUCAACCUGGGGGCUGCCUAUGUGGAGACUGGGGACCCGGCCACAGGACUUGAGCUACUUCUGAGAGCCCGUCCCAGAGGGAAGUGCAAAGGCUGGUGUCGGGGUGACCAGUGUUUCAAUGUGGCUUUGGCCUAUCAUGCUCUUGGUGAACUGACCCAAGCUUUGGACUGGUACCGCAGGGCUCUGGGCCAUUACCAGCCACAGGGUGACCAUGGGGAAGCACAGGCAAAAAUGGGAGCCUGCUACCAGGCCCUGGGAUGGCCUAAGCAAGCAGCCUACAGUUUACAGGAAGCAAGCCGGGCCUAUGCCCAUGCAGGCCAGCUCUGGGAUGCAGCCCUGGCUCAGGUGGCUGCAGUAAGAUGUAUGCUGAGCAGUGGGCAACAUGGACUGAGUGAUGUGCUGCAGGGUCUGGAGGAGAGCCGUAAGCUUGCCGAUGCUGACCAGAGCACUGACCGGAGACUGCUGGGGCCGCUCUACAAUGAUCUGGGCAUGGGUUACUUCCAACUUCAACUCUUCCCUUUGGCAGUAGAGGCCUUCCUGCAGGCCCUACCCCUGUGUGGACAGCCAACAGAGCAGGCAACGGUGCUUCAAAACCUUGGAAUGACCUACAACGUCCUGGGCAACUAUCAGGAAGCCCAGGAGUUUCACCAGAAGGCUGCCAAUCUGCAUGGCUCUGUGGGCCAGCGGUUGGAGCAGGGGCGGAGCUUUGGCGGCCUGGCAUUUUCACUGAGCCAGCUGGGGGACCACAGGGCUGCUUCAGACAGCUAUUUGCAUGCCCUGCAGGCUGCCCAAGACACUGGGGACAUGAAGGGACAGUGGCAGGCCUGUGAGGGCCUUGGGGCGGCGGCAGCCAGACUGGGACAACAUGACCAGGCCUUGAAAUACUAUAAGCAAGCGCUGGUUCAGUGUCGGCAUGAACCAGGUUCUGUACGAGAGCGGCUGGUGGCCAAGCUGGCGGAUGCCAUGCGGAAGUUCUUGGCUCAGGAGAGGCUAGCCCAGGCUCAUAUCCUGCCCUCUGCUCCUGGAAGGCUCCAGGCCAAGUGGAAGGCCUCCCUGGUGGCAAGGACCUCUGCCAGGGUACAAAGCAGUACAGGAGAUGCCCAGGACAGUAGUUGGGAAGAUGACGAACCAGAACAGGCCCAUGAGGAGAAAGAGACGGAGGGGCUGGUGAACAUGACCGCUUCGGUAGGACCUCAGAGACAGGACCGCUUGGGAGCCGCAGUUCAUCUUCCAUCUGGAGGCCUCAGUCCCAAUGGAGUGGAGCACCCCGCCAUCACAGCACCCCACCAGCUCCAAGUCAAUAGGCCAUCCACGUGGACCAAGGAAGCCCUCGGGAGGAACCCCCAGAGGAUGUGCACCCAUUCUGGCUUCUGCGCAAUCUUGUGACCUGUACCUGCUGACC